AGCGGCUCCAUCGAACCUGGGCCCUUGUCAUCCCGCCUGCGACCUGCAACCGGCAACCAGCAACCGGCAGCCAAAGGACGCGCAUGCAGGCUUGGUCAAGACCUCUCCGCUUGCGACAGACACGACAGCUGGGCUGUCUUUGAGCGCUCGGGCAUGCAGUUGUAUCUCUCGCCAGCAGCCAAGAACUAGGCUCGAGAACCAAAGGAAAAAAAAAAGAAAGAAAAAAAAAGAAAAAAAAAGAAACAGAAAUCAUCAAGGAACCGGUUUCGCAUCCUCUUCUUGCACGGUACCUCAUCAUCCACGGCCAAACGCACGCGGCGACUUUGCUCGCAUGCCAUGUGCACACCGUGAUUCCAGACGCUCACACACGAGACAGGGUAACGGGAAGGAUUAGGGAGCGACAGCGACAGCGACACACAUUCGACAACGCUUGGUUGCAUCAUCAUCCUGAGAGAGGGCCCUUGCUGGCCGCCGAUGCGGGAUGCGUUCCUCGACGACCCAUCCCCCAGCGAAGCCGCCAGACUCGCCGGCCGACCACUCCGACACCGAUCUUGAGCUCGAUCUCGAAGAGCUCGACCCCCAGACCGUCUCCGGAUCCGACCAGCCGAGGGGGAGAGGUCUUUUGGGCCAGCCGCGCCAGCUCCCCGAAGAGCGAGCACCCAGGAUCGCCCUGCGCACGCUGCGGAUGGGCGGGUUACGACGCGGCGCCAGACGCAACGGGUACGGCGAGCUAGGCCGCAGCCAUGCCGGGGGCGCCGGGGGCGCCGAGGACGCCCAGGGCCCGCUUCGGGACGGGUACGUAGGCGACCGGCGGUAUUCCGACGCCAGCGCCGCCGGAGGGGACGAUGCGCCGCUGCUGAGCGAGCCCGGCCGGAGCUCCAGCAACAAGCGGCGGGGCUCCUUCGCCGGCGACAGGCUACGCCGAGUCGGCCUGCGGCUCCCCAGUUUCAUGUCCGGCGCGCCCGCGAACCAGGACAACCCGGACGAGGAGCUCGACAAGGAGGAAGACGACCCGUCAUCGUCGAGGCUAGUUGCCGUCGGCUCGUCCCAAUCGACGCGCUUCCCGCCAAACAUCAUCUCCAAUGCCAAAUACACGGCCUGGAGCUUCCUGCCCGUCACGCUCUACAACGAGUUCUCUUUCUUCUUCAACAUGUACUUCCUCCUGGUGGCCCUGUCCCAGGCCAUUCCGGCAUUGCGCAUCGGCUACCUCUCGACCUACGUCGCGCCGCUGGCAUUCGUCUUGGUUAUCACACUCGGCAAGGAGGCGUACGACGAUAUCGAGAGGCGGAGGAGGGACAACGAGGCGAAUUCUGAGGAAUAUACAGUGUUGCAAUUCGAGGAACCCGGGAGGGCGGCGGUGGCGGGCGCGGGUACGGGUGCGGGUGCGGGUGCCCGCCUCCGGACAAGGAAAUCGACGCUGACGUCUGCGCGGAGAGGGCCCAAGCGCAAUGGGGCGGACGCGGGCAGGCUCUCGGAUAUCCAGGAAGAGGAGGAGCAGACAGAGGGAGACGGGCGUCGGAAGCCGCCGGGAUGCGUCGUGUCCGAAGUCAGCAAGAAGUCGCGAGAUCUCCGAGUGGGCGACGUUCUCAAGCUCAGCAGAGGCGACCGCGUGCCUUCUGACGUGAUCAUUCUGAAAUGUCUGUCGAACGACCCGGCUGCGCAGAAAGCCGAGGAGGGGCCGGUCCCUCAGGAAGAACCGCUGCUGCUCGACCAUGCAGCCGAAACCGCGAGAGGCGGUGCAGCGACCGGGACGGCCGAUGAGGAGAAUCCCGGGGCUGCCGAGGGGGGCUCAAACGGGGAGACGUUCAUCAGGACAGACCAACUGGACGGCGAAACGGACUGGAAGCUGCGGCUGGCGUCUCCGCUCUCCCAGAACCUCGCUACCGAGGAGUUCGUCCGUCUCCGCGUUACCGGCGGCAAGCCCGAUAAGAAAGUGAACGAGUUCAUCGGUUCUCUAGAACUACUCCCCUCGCGACAAGACGCCAUGAGCACCGCCACCUUCUCCCCGACCGACGACGACGAGGGCGUCAAGGCGGUGUCUCUGUCCAUCGACAACACGGCGUGGGCAAAUACCGUCAUCGCAUCACACGCCACGACCCUGGCGGUCAUCGUCUACACGGGGCCGCAGACCCGUUCUGCGCUCUCCACGGCGCCAUCCCGUUCCAAGACGGGCCUCUUGGAGUACGAGAUCAACUCGCUCACAAAGAUCCUCUGCUUCCUCACCCUGGCCCUGUCCAUCAUCCUCGUCGCCCUCGAAGGGUUCAGCAACACCGAGGGCAACGUCUGGUACGUCAAGAUCACGAGGUUUCUGGUCCUGUUUUCGACCAUCGUCCCCAUCAGCCUGCGGGUGAACCUCGACAUGGGCAAGAGCGUCUACUCCUGGUUCAUCCAGAGAGACCCGGGCAUCCCCGGCGCCGUCGUCAGGACGAGCACCAUCCCGGAGGACCUCGGGCGGAUAGAGUACCUCCUCAGCGACAAGACGGGUACGUUGACCCAGAACGAGAUGGAGAUGAAAAAGAUCCACGUCGGCACCGUGUCGUACGCCAACGACGCCAUGGACGAAGUCUCGGCCUACGUGAGGCAGGGCCUCCACCUCCCCCCGCCCUCGGCCGAUAGCCGGGCGCUGGUGACGCCCUCGACGUCUCUGACCUCGGCCGCGAACGUGGGCGCGACGAGGACGCGCCGCGAGAUCGGGUCUCGGGUCCGCGAUGUGGUUCUCGCCCUCGCGCUGUGCCACAACGUGACGCCCACCACGGAGGAGGACGGCGCGGGCCGGCUGGUGAACUCGUACCAGGCCAGCUCGCCGGACGAGAUCGCCAUUGUCCGCUGGACGGAGUCGGUCGGCCUGCGGCUGGCCUCGCGCGACCGCAAGAGCAUGGUCCUCGAGUCUACCGAGGCGGGCCGGCCCGUGGUCAAGGUCCGCAUCUUGGACAUCUUCCCGUUCACGUCCGAGGGCAAGCGCAUGGGCAUCAUCGUGCAGUUCUACGAGAGGCUGGAGCCCGGCGUCCCGGGCCCGACCUCGGGCGAGAUCUGGUUCUACCAGAAGGGCGCCGACACCGUCAUGGGCUCCAUCGUCGCGGCGAACGACUGGCUGGACGAGGAGACGGCGAACAUGGCGCGCGAGGGCCUCCGGACGCUCGUCGUGGGGAGGAAGCGGCUGUCGGCGGCCGAGUACCAGGAGUUCUCGGCCAGGUACCACGAAGCGUCCCUGGCCAUCAGCGGCCGCGAGGCCGGCAUGCAGGCGGUCGUGUCGCGGUACCUCGAGCGCGACCUGGAGCUCCUCGGCGUCACGGGCGUCGAGGACAAGCUGCAAAAGGACGUCAAGCCGUCCCUGGAGCUGCUCCGCAACGCCGGCAUCAAGAUCUGGAUGCUGACCGGAGACAAGGUGGAGACGGCGCGCUGCGUGGCCGUCAGCUCCAAGCUGGUGGCCCGGGGCCAGUACAUCCACACGGUGGCCAAGCUGCGGCGCAAGGACGCGGCGCGGGAGAACCUCGACCUCCUGCGCGGCAAGACCGACUCGUGCCUGCUCAUCGACGGCGAGAGCCUGGGCAUGUACCUGACCCACUACCGGACCGAGUUCGUCUCGGUCGCGGUGCAGCUCCCGACCGUGGUGGCGUGCCGGUGCUCGCCGACGCAGAAGGCCGAGGUGGCCCGGCUCAUCCGGGAGCACACCAAGAAGCGGGUGUGCUGCAUCGGCGACGGCGGCAACGACGUGUCCAUGAUCCAGGCCGCCGACGUCGGCGUCGGCAUCGUCGGCAAGGAGGGCCGCCAGGCCAGCCUCGCCGCCGACUUCUCCAUCGAGCAGUUCUUCCACCUGACCAAGCUGCUCGUCUGGCACGGCCGCAACAGCUACAAGCGCAGCGCCAAGCUGGCCCAGUUCGUCAUCCACCGCGGCCUCAUCAUCGCCGUGUGCCAGACCAUGUACAGCAUCGCUCUGAACUUUGAGCCCGAGGGCCUCUACAAGGAUUGGCUCAUGGUGGGCUACGCGACGGUGUAUACGGCCAUGCCGGUCCUCUCGCUGGUGCUCGACAAGGACGUGGACGAGAACCUGGCCAACCUGUACCCGGAGCUGUACAAGGAGCUGACGUCGGGCCGGUCGCUGUCGUACCGCACCUUCUUCGUCUGGGUGUUCGUCUCGGUCUACCAGGGCUGCCUCAUCCAGGGCCUGUCGCAGCUGCUGACCGAGGUGGACGGCCCCCGCAUGGUGGCCGUCAGCUACACGGCCCUGGUGCUCAACGAGCUGCUGAUGGUGGCCAUCGAGAUCACGACCUGGCACUGGGUCAUGGUCGCGUCCAUCGUGGGGACUUUCUUGCUCUUUGUCGGCUCGGUCCCGUUCCUGGGCCGCUAUUUCGACCUGGCAUUCUUGUCGGCUCUGGGCUUCUAUUGGCGGGUAGCUGCCAUCUUGGCCAUGUCCCUGAUUCCCACGUACGCGGCCAAGGUGAUACAGCGGACCAUGAAGCCGCCCUCGUACCGGAAGGUUCAGGGGAUUUGAGCAUUGGGGAGAGACGGGGAAAGCAUGAAAUGGCGUUUUUUUUUCCGGGGUGUUUCGUAUGCAGAACUACGUCUAUCUAGCAUUAACGUGGAUUUCUUCUGGUUUGGACCUCCUGCCGUCCCUGCUCGCGACGAUCGACGAUCAUGUGCGCUCCGAGGCUGGCUGUGACUUUUGCAGGCCGCGACAAGAUCCAGUUGGAGCCAAGAUGCCGCC